AUGAUUAAAGGAAAAAGAGUACAUUCUCUAUUAAUUGAUAUUUCAUUACAUGGUACUCUUUUUAAGUUUGUUAAACACCCAAAACUAAAUGCAUUCGUUAGUAUUGGCAAUGAUCACGAUUUAUCAGUCUGGGAUUUUGAAACUUUGAAAUUAUUGUAUAAGAAGGAAGGAAAUGAAUAUGCAAUAGCAGAUGCUCUUAUUUAUAAUGAUUAUCAUAUUAUUACUUCAGUAAAUGGAACUUUGAAAAUUUAUAAAGGUGAUCAAGAGCCUAAAAUAACUUAAUUACCAGAAAUUCCACUUUCUAUAUGUGUUCAUAAAGAAUAAUUAUAUGUAGGAACAACUUCUGAAAAAUUAUUAAUAUAUGAUUUAGAUAGCAUUGAAUUAAUAUCUGUUCAAAACAAUCAACCUUGGGUUACUUAAUUAGCAUCUCAUGAUGAUAUAUUAUAUGUUAUGGGUAAUAAAAUAUCAUUCAAUGACAAAGUUAUUGAUAUUGGACAUAAAGGUUAAAUCAUGCAUCAUAAUAUUGAAGGUAAUUAAAUAUUCACAGGAGAUUCAAGUGGUAAAGCUAUAUUGUCAACAUUUCCAGAUUUUUAAAAGCUUUAUGAAUAUUAAAUGAGUAGUGCAAUAGUUUAACUUGCAAUUAUUAAUAAUUAAGAUUAAUAAACUUUAAUUAUUGGAACACUUGACCCAGGAAUCAUUAUUAUUGAAAAUGGAGAAAUCACAAAAAUUGAAGAUAGAGCAGCUCCUUUUAUAGUUUGUUCUAAAAAUAAAAUAAUUAACAGAUCAAACAUCUUAACAAGGCAAGCUUAUUGUGAUGUGUAUGAAUGAAG